AUGCCCCCAAUUCUCCUCCUAAAAACGAGGUCCUCUCCUCACGACGGCUACGAAGAACUCUUCUCACAGAACUAUGAACCAACCUUCGUCCCCGUCCUCGAACACCGCUUCCACACGGAGAACUUGAACAAAGUGCGGGACCUGUUUGUCUCUGGCGCAUUCGGGGAUACCACCCCCAACGACCAAAUCAAUGGCAAUGACAAUGGCAAUGGAACAGAACAUAAGAACCGAAAAUACGGCGGUCUAAUCUUCACCAGUCAGCGCGCCGUGGAAGGAUUCGCAAAGAUGAUCGAAGAUGAGAAAGACACAACAUUCAACAUCCCCGCAACCCAACCCCCAUUAAUCCUCUACACAGUCGGACCAGCCACAGCCCGCAGCCUAACAACCCUCCGCAACAAACACCUCCCAAACGCAACGAUCUACGGUGCCGAUGCAGGCACGGGUGAGAAUCUGGGGCAUAUGAUCCUUGAGCAUUAUAAUGCGUUAUAUCCUGCUUGUGCCUCCGCCUCGACGUCUAAUUCCAAACCAGCGCUCCUCUUCCUCGUCGGUGAGGUUCGGAGAGAUAUCAUUCCCAAGACAUUGAUGAAUCCCGAACUUGCGGGUAGGAGGAUUGGAGUUGAGGAAUUGGUUGUUUAUGAGACUGGGGUUAUGGGGUCCUUUGAGGGGUCCUUUGGAGGUUGUUUACAGAGGAUUCGAGAUCAGGACCGAGAUCGGGGUUUUGGUGUGGUGAAGAGGGAGAAUGUGAUUUGGGUAGUGGUGUUUUCGCCCACGGGGUGUGAGGCUAUGUUACGGGUUCUGGAAUUAGGGCCUUUCUCUUCUUCCGGGUCUGCAUCUGCAUCUAGGGAUAUGGAAGAGAAGGCAGGACGACGGGUCUUUGUUGCUACGAUUGGACCCACGACGAGGGAUCAUCUACGACAGGAAUUCGGGUUUGAGGCGCAUGUUUGCGCGCCGAAGCCUAGUCCUGAGGGUGUUGCGGAGGGGAUUGAGAGAUUUAUGAGUGAGUUGUGA